GUGGAUAUCUCAGGCUACCCGCAACUUGAGCCAGAACGCGGCAGUGCUCUGGCGAUCCGUCCGCCACAGGAUCCAGGAGGCACUCGACCAGAAGAAGGCUCACCUUGAGGCCAACGUAGCUGAGGUUGUCUCCCUCGAGCAGCAGGUCGCCGCCCACGCGGCCAAGCUUGGGGGCGCAGGGGACAUGUUCAAGUCAGAGAUCCUGGAGGACCAUUUCGUACUUGAUCCCCAACAGCUGCAAGGCGAAGAGGAGGACGGGGCCGAGAAGCUGCGGACCUUCGCCUCCCAGCUCGUCUCUGAUGCCCGUUGGACUCAGGUGCGCACCAUGCUGUGCAAGCAGGUCGCCUCCAAGGUGCUCAUGAAUAUCGGUCUUGCAAUGGCAGGGUUCGAAGGUCCCUGCAUUAUCGGUGGCGACGGGGACAUGGAGGCUGAGGAGGUCAAUUCUUCUACGUUCACUACGAAUGCGAAGGUCGCUAGUGUCAAGCCAUCCGGGAUCACGUGCAGGACGGCCAAGGCGAACACCACGAUCGAUUACUUCGCGAUGACCACGGCGGCUAUCAGGUUAGUCAAGCAGGUGAAAGUUGAUCGUACAUGGGCGACAAAACCUCACAGACCCGUCGUGGUGGAGAUGGCCACAGUCGCUGGCAAGCUUCAGUACCUCACCUAUGUUGGUGGGAAAAAGCUGCCUGCUGGAGUUGUGUACGGACCUCAUCGCCCUGACGUUGACUGGCACAACGAGCUUGCUUAUGCGGAGUCUGCUGUCGACAUUGCGCAGCGCGGGAACGUAGACGCAGCGCGGCAUUUCCUCAGUACGGCCCGGGCGAUGUUUGCAGUGCAAGCUGGAGUGCGGCUGGGACAUAUUACUGGCAGUGAGGUAACUCAAUUUGACAACUAUGCCCGUCACGUUCAGCCGCAGUGGGUCGAGCACAGCUAUGAAGGGCGUGACCAGGAAGGCUUUGAGAACAUAGCAGAUGGAUGGAAACGGCCAUGGGAGGCCACAGGCUCAUCAUACUUUACUUUGCGAGCUACAGGGUAUGGCAACGUGCCCGUCGACCUGAGCUGCGUAGGCUACAGGCGUAUAGCCGGGGUGCAUCAGACUGGAGCGAGGCCAGCCUUGAUUUAUGGGGUAGAGGUCAAUGGCGCCAGCGACAGCGAGCUCAAUACCCUGGGGGAGCACUACCAGAUGCACCGGGAGCCGUACCACGGUGGAGUCUCAUCUGCCGGGAAGAUGGCAUUACACGGGGAUCCUGUGUCAGGCGAGGACUGCGAGAAGCUGGAUGACGCCAUGAGGAGGUUAACGGACGGCAGCGUGGUGGCCGGUCACUUCGCCAAGCAGGGCGCCAGAAUGCACGAGGCCAUCACAGACGAGUUUGCCGAGCGCAUGCAGCAAGCUGAGGAGAGGUGUCUUCAGCUUGCGAAGCUGGUGGCGGGCACCCUCCCCUUGUGCGUGCAGGAGGCCCAGGGGUGGGCGCGGUCCCGAGGGCACAGGAAAGUACGCAGCACGCGGACGCAAGGGUGGCGUCAGUGGGCUGACGCGUCCCCGGGCACCCAGUGUACUCAAUGCUUGCAGCUAUGCGGCCAGGACGAGCAGGACGUUAUGAAUGAUUGUCGUGGCACGCCGUCCUUCUUGGUCGAUUUCUCGCGAGAACCUCUUGGCCACAGACUUGUUGCAGUGAAUCAGCGUGGUGACCUUGCUUCAGCAGUUGGGGGGGCGGUCUUCGCGCGUGCUGGCCGUGGCGCGUGGGCGCAGCAGCGGAGGAAGGUCAAGCUCAGAUCGGAGUGUACCGACCCCACUGCCAAAGGAGCGGAGGUGUUGUACAACCUGAGACACAGUGUCGGUCCACACCGCAAGUUGGCAAAGUACAUCGACGCUACCGUGCAGAUAGGUGCUGUUGCCAAGGUGGCGGUCGCGGCUAUGCAGGAGAAGACGUCAGUAGUGCGAGCUGUACCUGACGGGCCCUGCGAUUUCAAGACCAGGAUGGCGGCGCUGGGCGAGCGGAUCAAAAGAGAGGAAAAGGGCCGGGAGCUGCAGUGCGACGGACAGAAUACCUUCCUUGGCAGGAGCGCUGCGGCUGCGCUCGCUGCUGAUAUGCCGCCCCAGAUGGCGAAACAAAUUGGAAAAGCCACCCAGCUGGUUGCGGGUGAAGUACGGCGACCAGUCUCAAGCAUUGGUGAUGACUACUACGAGCUCGGCGUCAUCGCCAUCUGCGAGCUCAUAGCCAUGGUGAUGCAUGACGGAGACCACGCUGAGCUGAUUCGCAGAAUCUGGAGCCGUGGGAUGGCACCCAGCGUGGCCACGCAGCCGCAGCUGCGGCACAGGGACAUCGUGCGGCUCAUCGACAUCGGGGAGCCGCUGCAGCUGGACGCGGCGUCUCUGAGCGGG